AUGAGUCCAAAGAAACCAUUCAUGCUCCCCAACGAGAUGGCAUACGCUCGUUGGAUACAUGCUGCUGGUGGUUCUCCCGCGCAGGUGCUCACUCUUAUCCCGUUCAUGCGCCUGAAGAUCCUUUACAAAGUCAACGAGCAUUGGGUAUUCAAGCUGACACUGUGUCUUUCUCUCAGUUUCGAGUCUUUUGUUCUGUCUCCUGGAGAAGAGAAAGUCGAGGUUGAGACCGAUACUCGCAUUCCAUCUUCCUCUAUUUUCACUUUCAACAAAGAGGACCACACGCUCGGCAACCUCCUCCGCUCCCGUCUUCUGCAGAACUCUCAUGUCAUCUUUGCUGGUUACAAGGUCCCCCAUCCUCUAGUUCCCAAGUUUGAACUCCGCGUUCAGACUGAUGGCGAGGUCACUCCUAAGGAUGCUCUGCUCGCCGCCUGUCAUGACCUUGUCAAGGACCUGGGCAUCCUUUCCCGCGAAUUCACCAAAGAAUACGAGCUGCGUAAGAUGGUCGGAGCUACUCAGCAGCAGCAGAAUGGUACUGCAGAAGGUGCUUAG